GUCCGGAUGGCAUUCCGUUCAAGAUCUCACCACGUCUCCGCAAGUGUUCGGCCUUGAACAUCUACUUCGUAGAAUAUAAUCUUCCCAAAUCUGUCCGCGCAGGCAAGCCAGAGUAAAUAUUCUCCUGACAAGAACAAACGAACCCGUCUACCAACCGACUCCUUAUCAGUCCUGCCUGCGCGAUCCCGGCCAGAUCCUAUCGUCAAAUUUGGCUUCCCACCUGUUCGUUCCUCUCAGCUUCUGGUGCCUGAUCGAGAAAUCCCUCACGAGACCUCCUCUCCCAUUUCGGCUUCUACUACGCACUUCCUCCUUGCCCACCUCAAAGAAGAUCGUCAACGCGGCUUUGCCGGAAGAGUUGGACCAUGGCGAAGAAGGCAGAGAAAGACAAAUCUUCAAGCCCAAACGGGCACGUCCUAACCAACGGACACACCAAGAUGAAUGGCACGCUCGAGAAAUCCGAGUCAGACAUCUACGAGGACGAAAAUAUCUUCCUAUUCAUUCCUAACAUAAUCGGUACAGUCCCAACUUCUUCAAUAGCAUGCGCGAUCUAUCCUGUUCCCUUCAUGUCGGCUGACCAGGUGACCAUGUAUAGGCUACGUCCGUAUCAUCCUAGCCGUUGCAUCCUUGUACUACAUGCCCCUCCAUCCACGUACAUGCUCUGGCCUGUACAGCUUCUCCUGUAUCCUCGAUGCCGCAGACGGCAUGGCUGCACGGCGGUACAAUCAGGGCACCACCUUCGGUGCGGUGCUCGACAUGGUGACGGAUAGGUGCACGACGAGUUGCCUGCUCGUCUUCCUGGCCUCGGCCUUCCCCAGAUGGUCGAUUGUGUUCCAGGGCUUGAUCAGCUUAGACCUGGCAAGCCAUUAUAUCCACAUGUACGCGACGUUGACGAUGGCCGGGAGCGGCCAGAGUCAUAAGAAGGUGGAUAGUAAUCGCAGUUACAUUCUGCAUCUUUAUUAUACCAACCGGGUCGUCCUGUUCGCGUUCUGCGCUCUGAAUGAACUGUUUUUCAUUGCGCUGUAUCUCCUUUCCUUCUCAUCACCGCUGCUGUCCCCCAGCUUGCUGGUCACCGGCGAUAAUGGGACGGGAAUAUCCUCGGCGCAGCCUGGUUCGCCCGCACAUCCGAAGCACAGUACACUGUUUGCAAAUCCAUGGAGUGCGGCAGCGCUGGAGAUGGCACGAGCAAAUAAAAUGGACAGCACGGUGCCCUGGAUCUUGGCUGGCGUGAGCUUUCCGGUUAUGUUUGGCAAACAGGUGAUCAAUGUGAUUCAGCUAGUCAAGGCAAGUAAGUGGUUGGGCGAGGGCGAUAUUGCCGCCAGGAAGAAGGCCGGCAUUGCAAAGAGAAAGACGAAGGCGGCUUGAGUGGCUGGUCUGAAGACUGGUGUUGCGCCAACUUAUGGAAGGGCCGCGAGUUGCUAUAAUCAGGUAUUGAAGGAGCCGCUGUAUCCAAAGGUGAUUGGUGUUGCUUGUUUUGACUUGGUGAGGACAAUCAUUGCACUGGCUCUAUGGGCUUUGGAGUUUGACACGGCGUCCAUGGAGUGACUGAUGUGGAAUCCCAGGAGCUGGUGACUGUCUAUUGAGAGGCCUUGAUAUUGGUUCGCAUUUGAAUUCGGCUGGGCGGCACUCGCUAUGGAGUCUGGGAGAUGAAUGGGAGUAGAACGGGCAACGGCGUCGUCUGUACGGUGGCCAGUGGACAAGUGUAUACUCGGGAGAACCCGAUGUUUGACAUAUUACAGACUAAUUACCUACCUUACUAAUUAAUGA